UGUAUAUAAAAUAAAAUAAAAAUUGAGAGAAAUGAUAGUUUUAGUAGGUUAAAUUGUUCAAUAUUCAAGGGAGAGGAAGAUCGAACUUGCAUCAAGGUGUUUAAGUAUUAUUACUAUCCGCCAGUGAAUUUAAGAGAAAAUGUGAGUGGAUUUGACCCCAACAAUAACAUUUUUCUCUCCACUAAUUACCAUUGAUUACCGCUCUUGGUUUUUCUUACUCACCUUACUCUGCCCUAAUAUAUCUCUCUCUCUCUGUUAAAAGGACUAGAAACAGUAGUGGAGAAAAAGUGAGAGCAUUUGGUGUAUUAGUACCAAACAAUGUCAUAUUCGUCUCCACUAAUUAUCACUCUAGAUCCCAUAUAUUGUGGGCAUACGUUGAUCUAACUCUUCCAUUAUUCCUUUAAGUAUAAGACACGGCGGUAAUGGAAAAGGUGUUUGUCACUUAGUAAUAUUGUUCAGUGAUAUUUUUCUUAUAAAAUGUCUUAGGCUCAAAUUUUAGGAGUAACGAGCUCACGACCAAUUUAUUCACUCCCCUUUAGUGUGUAAAUAUAUUGUUGUUUUUUUUUUUCAACAAACGAUAGCAUUAAUGAAUUAAAUUGUUAAAUAUUAGAGGAAGAAGGGAAUCGGUAGAGAUCGAACUCGUACAAUGACGCAUAGACAUUAUUGUCUUCUAACACUGAAAUUAAGGGAGAAUGUGAGUGCACUUGACCGCGCCAAUGACAAUUUUCACUCCACUAAUUAUCGAUUACCACUCUUGCUUUUGCUUCCUCUCCUUACUCUGCCCUCGUAUUUAAACCCCAUCUCUCCUUGUCUCUACGUAUUCUUUUGCUUUCCCUCUCCAGUUGAUGGUUCACAAAACCACCCACACCUCCAUUUCUAGUUUUUGCCUUCAAAACCUUUUAUUCUCCUUCAAAAUUUAUCAAUCUUUUUUUUUUUUUUUUCCUGUAGAACUGCAAUUAAUUGUGACGAAGAGGCAACAAUUAUGUCACCAUCCCCUUAUUCGUAACCGCACGGUGAGUAAAGCGAUUAGUGACGGGGUAGGCACCCAAAAACGUUUAAGUGUAGCGGCCGAAGGUCACAAAAACAAAAAGAACAAUGAUGGAGCAUUCACGUACCAACCGUAAGCUGGUUUUGUUCAAAUUCCUGCAUGGGUUCAUUCUUUUAUGCAUGAGCACAUGCCUCGAAUCUACAGCACUUCGCAGCCUUACUCUGCUUGGAAAUGAAUCUGAUCGCUUGGCUCUUCUAGACUUGAAGAAAAGAAUAACAGUUGAUCCUUUCAAUGUCAUGAGCUCGUGGAAUCAUUCCAUCCAUUUCUGCAAUUGGGUUGGAGUUUCAUGCCACCGUUCCACCAAAAGAGUCUUGAUGUUGAACCUGAAAUCAAAAAAGUUGGUAGGCUCCAUUUCACCUUCCGUUGGAAAUCUUACUUAUCUUACUGGAAUCAAUUUGAGAGACAACAAGUUUCAUGGGGAAAUUCCUCCAGAAAUGGGUCGUCUACAAAGCCUACAAUAUCUCAACCUCUCUCAUAAUUCCUUUGGUGGGAAAAUUCCAACUAAUUUGUCGCAAUGCAUACAACUAAAAUUGCUUAAUCUACAAGCCAAUCGGAUGAUGGGGUCCAUUCCAAACCAACUCAGUUCAUUGUUGAAUUUGAAAUAUCUACGGCUUGAUGGUAACAAUCUCACUGGAACUAUCCCACCUUGGAUAGGAAACUUUUCUUUGUUGAGUAGUCUAAUACUUGGCAAGAACAAUUUUCAAGGAAGCAUACCCAAUGAGCUUGGGCAUAUAACAGGCUUGGAGGAGUUCGUAGUGCAGAUGAAUGAUCUAUCUGGUAUGAUCCCAUCCCCAAUCUAUAAUAUUUCUUCCAUAUCCACUUUUAGUGUUGCUGUCAACCAGUUGCAUGGAGAGCUACCACCAAAUCUCGGCACUAUGCUUCCUAAUCUCGUACAACUUUACUGUGCUGUGAACAAAUUCACAGGAAAUAUUCCUACGUCAUUGUCAAAUGCGUCAAGACUUCAGAUGCUUGAACUUUCUCAAAAUGGCUUCUCUGGGACAGUCCCUGGUGAGAGUCUAGGAAACUUGCGUAGCUUAGUUUGGCUAAACAUUUAUGGCAAUCAGUUAGGAAAUAGAAGAGUUGGUGACUUGAAUUUUCUUAGUUUCUUGGCUAAUUGCACUAGUUUGGAGCAUUUGAGUCUUUUCUAUAAUAAUUUUGGAGGAGAACUUCCGGGAUUCAUAGCCAACCUUUCGACCCAACUUACUGUUCUUAAUCUGGGGGAAAAUUUUAUACAUGGAAACCUUCCUAAGGGAACUGGAAACCUUAUAAGCCUGACUGCUUUAGUAUUAGAAUAUAACCAUUUGAGUGGCAGUGUCCCGCAUGAAAUUGGGAAACUAGAGAAGUUAAAGGAAUUGUAUUUGGAUGGUAACCAAUUUUCUGGGUCAAUCCCGUCAUCUUUUGGGAACAUGACUUCAUUGUUAUACUUGUACAUGGACUCAAACAAGUUUGAGGGCAGUAUACCUCCAAGUCUUGGAAACUGCCGAUACCUAUUAGAUCUUAACCUUUCCAGUAACAACCUUACGGGCACCAUACCUAAAAUGCUUAUGGAGCUUUCAACCCUUUCAAGUUCUCUAGACCUGUCUGACAAUUAUUUGACUGGUCCGAUGCCCUUUGAGGUGGGUGAUUUAGUGCAUCUCACAGAGCUAAAUUUAUUAAGAAACAAUUUAUUAGGUGAAAUCCCGAGCACCCUCGGCAGUUGUACUAGUUUGGAGCGCUUGUGUUUGCAAGGUAAUAAGUUUGAAGGAACAAUUCCUCAAUCUCUUGCGAAUUUGAAAGGCUUGGAAAAACUUGAUAUUUCAAGCAACAACUUGUCUGGGCCAAUUCCUAAAUUCAUAGGCAGGCUUGGUGCUCUCAAGUAUCUCAAUCUUUCGUAUAAUGAUUUUGAGGGCGAGCUGCCUAAAGAUGGUAUUUUUGCAAAUGUUAGUGGUGUUUCUGUUCUUGGAAAUCAUAGGCUCUGUGGUGGCAUCCCACAAUUACAUCUACCUUCAUGCCCCCCAAAAAAACACCAUUCAUCUCAUGGACUACAUUCCCCAAAAGUAGUCAUCCCCAUAGCCUGUGUACUUGGAAUCAUAAUUGCUCUAUCAUGCUUUUGUGGUGCUUGUUCAAUGCUGAAAAGGUCAAAAGAUAGACUUGCAACUUCAUGUUCUUAUAAGGAUUGGAAAUCAAGUGUCUCCUACUCACAACUCGUUGAAUCAACUAAUGGGUUUUCUGCAGAUAAUCUUAUUGGUUUGGGAAGUUUUGGUUCUGUUUAUAAAGGGGUAAUUCCUAGUGAUGGAACAAUAGUUGCUGUUAAGGUACUAAACCUUCAACAACAAGGAGCUUCCAAGAGUUUCAUAGAUGAAUGCAAAGCUUUAAGGAGUAUAAGGCACCGUAAUCUUCUCAAGAUCAUAACUGCAUGCUCGAGCAUUGAUAACCAGGGCAAGGACUUCAAAAGUCUAGUUUUCGAGUUCAUGGAAAAUGGAAGUCUAGACUCAAUGUUGUAUCCAAGAUAUGAGGAGGAAUCUCCAAGUAAAAGAAUGAGUUUUAUGCAAAGAUUGAACAUCGCCAUUGAUGUUGCUUCUGCGUUAGAUUAUCUUCACCACCAUUGUGAAACAGCCAUUGUUCAUUGUGAUCUAAAGCCGAGCAACGUACUUCUUGAUGAAGAUAUGGUAGCCCAUGUUGGGGAUUUUGGUUUGGCAAGGUUCCUCUUCGAAACAUCAAAUGAUCCCUCCUUUAGUCAAACAAUGUCAUCUCAGCUAAAGGGUUCUAUAGGUUACAUUCCUCCAGAGUACGGCACAGGAGGCCAAGUUUCCAUACUUGGAGAUGUUUACAGCUAUGGAAUACUAUUGCUGGAAAUGUUCACAGGAAAAAGACCUACCAGUGACAUGUUUAAAGGCGAUCUAAGCAUUUACCAAUUUGUAGCCAUGGCUUUGCCUGACCAUGUCAUGGACAUUGUUGACCAUUCAAUUAUCCUUGACCUCGAAACAGAUGGUGAUGUCAACAAUGACAUAGUGCGAGAACGAACUCCAUCCAGACGUAACAAUGGUGGCCCGAUGAAAGCAAAGAAAUUAAAGGAAUGCUUGGUUUCAGUGAUGCAGAUAGGACUCUCUUGCUGUGCAAUGUCACCAAGGGAGCGGAUGCUGAUGGACACGGUUGUCAGAAAAAUGAGUGCAAUCAGAGACUCGUACCUCAAGGUUUAGGAAGACUUGAGAACGACAAAGCAUGCUGCUCAAAGGAGAAAGGACAUGAUCACUCAUCAAUAAUAUUUUCCUCUCUCUACUCACCAAAAUUUUCUUUCUAGUUUUACUUUCUUUCUCUUGCUAUUGCUUGGAAUUUUGUCUCGUUGAUGUUUGUGGUGUGUUUUACUUAUAUGACUUGAAGCUUUCGAAUUUUAAUUUGUGUGGUGCUUUUUAGAAUUUUAAUGGUUAGUGGUUUUGGGGGAUCAA